AUGGUUAGAGGUAAGUCACCAGGGCACGACGGUCUCAGCAUCGAGCAUCUCAAGUUUGCAGGCCUACACUUGCCUCGCGUUCUAUUUCUUCUAUUUAAUGCUUGUAUAGCGCAUAGUUUCAUGCCUAGAGAUAUGAUAAGUAGUAUUGUAGUUCCAAUAGUUAAAAAUAGGACAGGCGAUCUCGCCGAUAUUCAUAACUACAGGCCUAUAUCUCUGGCAACCAUUAUAUCAAAAGUGUUUGAUGGUGUGCUUAACACUCAAUUAAGUAAAUAUAUAAAGCCACACGAUAACCAAUUUGGUUUUAAACCUGGGCUGUCCACAGAUGGUGCUAUUUUGAGUCUUAAGCAUACUAUUAACUAUUAUGUUAAACGUAAGACGCCUGUCUUCGCAUGUUUUUUGGAUUUGUCCAGGGCAUUUGACCUUGUUUCCUAUGAUCUGCUUUGGAAAAAACUUGAAAAAAUCCAUUUACCACAGGAUACCAUAAAUAUUCUUAAAUAUUGGUACCAAAGUCAGGUCAAUAGUGUGCGUUGGGAGGGUGUCCUGUCGGAUCCGUAUAGGAUGGAGUGUGGGUUGAGGCAAGGUGGGAUGACUUCUCCCAUACUUUUUAACUUGUAUGUAAAUUGA